AGUGCCUUGUGACUUCUAGUGCGGAUUGGACUGAGCCUGGCCCUGCUUGCUGUAGCACCGCAUGAGGGCGAUUGAUCAAUGCAUUGGAAACGGUCUUGGCCGAAGCUUAGCUGCUGUCGCUAUAGGUGAACAAGGCAUUGAUAUUGUAUCGACGGCCCUCGAUGGUGGUCACGGCAAGUCUCAAACAUCGUAUGAAAUUCAUAUGCCAGGGCCACACUUGUCAUCUUGCUGGCCAGAAACGUAUUAUCUCCCUCCCUACCUAUCUAUGGGGAAGGCCAUUGAUACAGCCUCGACCACUUGGGCCGAGUUUUCCGAUCACGACAGCAACGGCAAUCCACAACAGAUUGCCUACUCCCCCACGGACGGUAUCAAUCCGGCAUUUUGGGAGGGCACCGGCCUUGUUACACGGUAGACGAGCCAGCAUACCGGCUCCUCUGACGUCUUCCAAGAGGUGGGGACGGAUAAACAAAAAGAGGGCCUCUUGGUUGAUCACCCAGUUCACCCAGUUCACCCAAGCGACUGCACAAGGAACCUGCGACGACGAUAUUGGUCCCCGAACACAAAUAGUAACAGAGGAAGAACCCAAUUGAUUGGCGAGCUUAAAGAAGGACGCACUGAGCUUCGCCUCCAGCUUCGGUGUUUUUUUGCAUCCGGCGCCUCUUAGUGUCAGCUCGACGGUCGAGCCGGCAGCCUCACUUACUGUGUCUUGUUUAGCAGGACAUCAGCACGGGCGGACUACGGCCAUACCAGAACACGAAAACGACCGCCCCCAAGAGAAGAAAAAAACGAGGUUCAGCACGACACCUGAUGCGGUCGGUACUCGAGCAGCCAAAGAACGCAACAGAACUGUGAGGAGGAGCAGGAUCGUCAAGAGCGCAACGCCCAGGCCGCAUCGAGGAGAUGUUCAGCUCCACCUUGCGAAAUUGAGGAACACACAUGAAUCAGCAAUCCGACCCUCAGCAAUCUGGCUGUCUGGGCGUCUUUUCCCCCUCCCGGCCCUGGCCUCCAUCACAGGGCUAGUGUUGUAUUUUCCCUCUCGACCCUGAGCUUCGUCAUUGCGAGGCACGCGGGAAGGAAGUCAAUCGCCGUCGACAACAACGACACCGAGGCGAUCGACACUGCGUCGCAGACACGAGGAGGGGCAAGUGUGCCGUCCGUGUGUUUUUUGGCCGCCGUCACAGCCGAUCCGAAGAAAGACGGCACAAGGAGAUCGAGACAGCCUUGACAGCCUCGGGCCAGCUGACUGUACUCUGGCAACCUGGCAGCUGCCAGCCAGCCUGGCUCUGUGACCUCACAGUGAGACGGAGCUACUCCGUACGGCAAGUACUUCAUAGUACUCUGGUACUGUAAGAAGGGGGGCCCUGUGGGGAUCCCGCCACUGCCGCCACUCAGAGCUGCUCGCUAGCACUCCCGCUGUCCCGAUACGACACACGCUAAAGCACUCUUGCUCUCCUGGCCUCCUCGAGUCCCCCGGAGCCAAAGCGGGACCGGCUGCGCCCACCAGCCUGACCAGCUGCUACCAGCUAGCUGCAUCGCCAUCCCCUGCCCUGUCCUGCCCUGCCACGCUCGUCUGGGCCUGACCUCAUCUUGGCUCCGCCGGUCCAACUUCCCAGACGUUCCAAAACGUUGCAGAGGUUGCCAGAGAAGAGUACCCAAGCCACUUUCCACUCUCGUCAAAACCGACCUGGCUGACCGUCAACUCUCUCCCGUCUAUCACCUCGGACAAACUUGGGAGAUUUGGACGAUUUGUCACCCGAGAUCCCGCAUUCUGGUAGUCGACGGGCUGCCCAGAAAAGAAAGGGAAAGAAAAGAGACACACACACAGAGAGAGAGAGAGAGAGGGGGGGGAAGACGGAGAGGAGACACGGGUGUGAACAAGCAACACCCUUCUCCCGACCCCAACAGCCCGAUCAGGAGGAUCCUGCCCUGCAGUCCAGUCCAGACCAGACCAAAAAGGACUCGCCUGCAAAUUGGAGAAGCUGAGAAGUUGCAGCAUUGGAUUGAUUGCCACUGCAGAAAGGAAGGAACGGGACACCACUCAGCACCACUCAGCACACCACACCACCAAGCCACCAAAAAGCACCCCAAGCCAGUCAAGGCCGCCGACCUGCUUUAGCCGGACAACGGGACGCUUCUAAAUAAGCCCAUCAAUUCCUCGUGUUCCCCCGGUUCUGGAAGUCCUUUCCAUUCCUCUCCCCUCGCCUGCGACCCCGGCUACACAUUUCUACUGCUUUCGGUUGAGAGUGUCGCGUCAACUCUGGGCCCUCUUUCGAUCAGGAGCAUUCCAGCCCGAGACGCCGCGUCCCGCGACCCCCGAGUCAACAGGACAGGCACAAGCUCGGGACCGCCAAUCUCCGCCCUGCAGGCCAUCUCCUUGGGGUUCUGGGGUUGGGGCGUCUAUCUCGUCUCCUCAGCCGCCCAGCCCAAAUCGACUGGCUCUCCGACCAUCCUGCCUGGCCGGCCAUUGUUUGACGCCCAUCUCUCUCGUCCCGCCACAUCCAGCAGUUUCUUUUCCUGCGGCGUCAAUCCGCCCCCCUUCUGCUGCACAUCCACCACGGCGAGACGCACUGCAAACUAUCGCACGUCCACCACGAGUCCCCAGCUUCCUCCGGCUCCACGUCUCACCUGGGACCUGCAUCAGUCCCAUCGACUCGCUGCAGUCGACCCUUUGACAAACCCAGUCACUCAGGCCUGCGUCAACCUGGUUGACGCACAAGCCCUUGUUAAUCAUGUCGGCGAGCAAUACCAAUGCCACCUCCCUAAGUACGGGUGAUACUGCUGCGACAGUUUCCUCGGCUCCUACUGCGUCGGCGGCGUCGGAGACGUCCGCGACGCCGACCAGCGCGCCGCCGGAAGAUACACUGACAAGUACUUCUGCUGACACUCCACCCACCUCCAUAGCUCCGGAGACCACCGCCAGCACUGUGGAGAGCGCACCACCAACAACAGCUUCGCAGCCGCCACCUACUACUCUCACUUCAGAAACAACAACCCCAGAGCCGACAACAACACCCCCGACGACAACCCCAGAGCCUACGACUUUGACAUCUGUUGAGACCACUCCGACCACGUCUUCGUCGCUUGAGACUACUUCAUCGACUUCGCCAUCGGUCACCCCGACCCCGACGACAGAAACCUCGAUCUCCUCCUCGGUCAUAGUCUCAGACGGGACCACAAGCACUCAGAUUGUCACGAGGACUAUCAUCAAUACACCAUCCCCUACCGACGCAAGCUCCUCGUCCGAGACUAGUGCCGGAUCGAUACAGAGCAGCGAGUCUGACUCUAGCAAUGGAAUAGGCACCCGCGGGACCAUCGCCGUUGCGGUUGUUGUUCCUAUCGCCGCCGUGGCAAUUCUCGUCGCUCUGGGGCUUUGGCUAUGGAGGAAGCGCAAGGCGCGCAAGGAAGCAGCAGAGGAGCGACGGAAGGAGGUCGAGGACUACACUUACAACCCGAACGCCGAUCCUACGAUCCCUGGUUCCGGCGGUGGCGCUGGCUACGAAAUGAAGGAGGACUCUUCCUCUGGUUACCGUGGGUGGGGUUCGACGACCCUAGGCGGCUCGACGGGCCGCAAGGCCUCCACGACCAUGUCCGGCGGCAUGGUCUCCGAUACCCCGUACUCGGACCACCCUUACUCUGAUGGUACUUCACCGACCCGGGCCACGCACCCCGGCGAGCCGCUGAUGCAAGAUGGUCACCACUCUCCCGAAGGCGAAAUUCUCGGUGCUAUGGGCCCGUCCACGGCUAAUAAUCGCGGAGGCAAUGUGCGGCGUGGCCCCUCGAACGCGUCCUCGUCUUAUAGCGCCGGCGCGCCUUCGGACGGGUCCGGAGAAAUCGGCCAGGCCUACGGCGGGGACCAGUACUACGCGCAAUACGACCCUUACACCGAUAACGGUGCCUACAACAGCCCGCCUGGUGGUCAGCCUGUUAUUAGGGAUAAUCCGGCACGACGAAACACGCGCAUUGAGAACCCUUCGCACUUCCCGCAGAAUCAGAGCGCCGGCAUCUCACAAAACUUUUAAUGCUCUUUUUUUGCUGGGGGCCUUUCCGAACCGGUCACCUUGCGCUCAGCCGUGUAUCGGAGGUGGCUGUAGAACCGCCGGGCAUGAGUUCGCAACAAUAGAUACCCUUCUUAACGCCAUCUGCGGACACGUCUACCCACAAUACUGGCUUUAAUACCAUCCUUCGGCGUUUGGACAAAAUAUCACCACCAUCCUUUCUUCCUUUUUUUAUUUUUGACGGCGUUAGAUGGUGCCCUAUUGCAAAGGCUUCCCGUUGUUCUACUUUUGCUCUGGUUGUGUGCAAUCAUAAUGUUUGAGCUCGAUUCGACCUCGCGAAUUACAGUACACGCAUCUGGACAAUGUACGCACAUAUGUCUCUUUACACGCUUGGAGGAUAACCCGGACGAUCACGAGGACGGACCUUCGAAAACAAGACCGAAGCAGCCCAAAACAUGGAGAGAAUGGCUGGAGCACGAGAAGAUCACUGCCAGUCGGAUUGUGGAAAUCAAGUUGAAUUUUGAGGUCCUCGGAGGUCUGGACGAUUUGCUCGGACAGUGUGGCUGUAUGUCUAGAAGGAGGUGGGUAACCAGCAAAGAUGCUGUACAAUAUGGGACCAUGAGUCUUGUUUGAAGGAACUGUUUGUACAUAUCUACGCGCGCACCUGUUGAUGAUGUACUAGAACACGAGGAGGGUGCAGAGAGCGCCCGGGCGCCUCUGAACCCCGACACACGGAAUGUAUGGCCAGGGCUUAGCUAGCAAAGAGCCUAGUCGCUUAUAAAUAGUUCACUCAAGUUCCCCCC